AUGAUUUGCACAACUGCUUAUUUUCAUGACAAACUACGAGGAUAUCUGACUCUGGGUAUCACAUAUACAAAGCUACAAAGUACUUGUGGCGUCCAUUAUAAUACCUUGGGCUGUAUUAUGAUCAAUCUUACUCACGGGUAUUUUAAUCAAGAUUAUUACACCCAAAAAGACCAUAAAGGUACUUCUUCUAUUAGAUUUCCUGAAACCGCCACAUAUAGUAUACUUUUUUUGAGAGAAGACAAACCUUUUCAAUUUAAAGAAGAUGAGGAGUCCAACGAUGAGAAUGAAGCUGACAUUGUCGGUGUCAUAGUAUUUAAAGAUACGAUGGAUUCAGAUAAUAAUGAUACUUAUCAUAACAUUUGCCUUUUUGUAAUCCCAUAUUUGAAAAUGGAUGGUAUUCCUCAAGUCACUCAACUAAUGGCUCGAUUUGGUGUUGUCUUUCAAGCGUCUUACUUAUUUCAAGCAGGGGCGAUCUUCAACACUGAAAUUAUCCCAGCACUUUCUUGUUACCUGUGA